GGCAGGUGUAUAAAGGAGCCUUUCUCUGGAUGGAAACAGACUCCAGCAGCCGCUCACACUGAGAUCUUUGUCACAAACCGUUUGGAUUUCCUGCAGAAGGAUGAAGACUCUACUCGCUCUAUGCAUCGCUCUCAGCGUCACCACCUUGGUGUCGUCCCAAACGUCCACGCCAGCUCCCAUCUUUCACAACACCACCACAACACCUAAUCCAUCCAACAACACUACCAACGCAACCACUAAUCAAUCCACCAUCACCACGCAUCCCAGCAACAACACUGCCAACACAACCACUAAUCAAUCCACCAUCACCAUGCAACCCAGCAACAACACUGCCAACACAACCACUAAUCAAUCCACCAUCACCACGCAACCCAGCAACAACACUGCCAACACAACCACUAAUCAAUCCACCAUCACCACGCAACCCAGCAACAACAACCACACCGACACCAACUCAACUACCAUGCAACCUGGCAACAGCAGCACAUCGACAGGUUCCCCAAUGGAGACUUCGGUCUCUGGUAACCAGAAUACUGCGACGCCGUCCAUGACCACACCUGCAGGCAACAACAGCAGCGAUGGCAACGGCAGCGGUGGCAACGGCAGCGGUGGCAGCGGUGGCAGUGGUGGUAAUGGAGGCGUUCCUGGAUGGGGAAUAGCUCUGCUGGUCCUGGCAGCUCUGAUUCUUCUGGCGGUGAUCCUGGUGUUGAUAGCACUGCUGAUGUGGUGCUGCUGCUACAAGGGUAGCGGUAGCCAGUACAGCAGCCAGAACGACGUCCCCCUCUACUCCACCCACAGUCACUUCGGAGGCACCAACGGGACGCUAACCGGUCACUAGGGUCGCGGGGGGUUGCUGGAGCCUAUCGCAGAUGUCAUCAAGCGAGAGGCGGGUCCACCCUGGACAGGUCUCCAGCCUAUAGCAGGGCCAACACAGAGACAAACAGCCAUUCACACGCACACCUAGGGUCAGUGUAGAGUCAGCAAUCAGCCUAACGAGCACGUUUCUGGAGGUGGGAGGAAACCGGAGAACCUGGAGAGAACCCACACAGACAGAGGGAGAACAUGUAAACUCCACCCAGAAAGAGCUGGACUUGAACCUGGACCUUCUCGCUGGGAGGCAUCAGUGCUGACCACUGUCAUCUGAAAACGAAAAGACUGCUUAGAUCUUGCUGCCACUUUUCAAUUCCUGAAUUUAUCUGUUUCAGAACGACCUCGGAAAACCGAGGAAGAACCGAACGGGAAUGUACACGGUGAACCCUUAGAGACCAGACCAGCAGGUCUUCAUUUAGACCAAUUUUUAUUUAUUGCUUGUUUGAGUUUUAUUUUUAAAGACAUCCAUGCUGAAACAUACAAUUUAGAAACAUAAUGAUAAUAUUAAUAAACUGUUAUAUUUUUGCUAAUGAAAAACUAAAUGAAAGGUACUUUCUGUCAUUAUCCAGCUAUUGGUGAAUCAUUGAUGCUAUAAUUUGUUGGAAAUUGUCUGUAAAUAUUCAGUAAAUUCUAAAUUCCUUAUUCCAAUUUGAAUACUGUAAAUAUGUAUAAUUAUUAUUAUUGUUUUUAAUUACUCACAUUGAUCGAUUGACUCUGCUACUAAUAUUCAGAAUCCUGUUUUCACCCACAAUAAAUAUUAUUAUUUUCAAUAAAAAAUAUAUAGAGACUUGAAAUGUUUCAAAUGACACAUGUUUGAUGAUAUGUUUGAUAUCACUGUUAUUUUUGCUUUUUAAAUAAAAUUAUUUUUAACCCUGAAA